AUGCCACGAUCCCCGCCAACAAACAGUGUAGCGAGGAUCGACAUCAACCAGGUUCCGCCAAGGCGUGACCCCGACCAAAUCAUGCCCAUCGCCAAUGUUUCGCGCAUUAUGCGUCGUGCCCUCCCUGAACAUGCUAAGAUCACGGACGAUGCUAAAGAGGUUUUCCAAGAGUGUGUUACAGAGUUUGUUAGUUUUGUGACAUCCGAAGCUAAUAGAAAAUGCAACCAAGAGUACCGUAAAACGGUGACUUCUCAGGACAUACUUGUGGCCAUGGAAUCAUUGGGGUUUGACAAAUAUGUCGAACCCCUCACAACCUACAUGGGUAAGUACCGCGCUUUUGAAAACUCAGGGACCAAUUCCGCUAGCAAUGCGCAAAAUCUCGGGCAUGAAGCAAACAAUGAUCAUGAACAACACAUUGUUCAUCAAGCUCCACCACUACCCCCUCCGUCGCCGCCACCAGAAGCCACCCUAACACAACCGUGGAAUUUUGCUCGAUUGGGAAUUGUGCCGCCGCCGCGGCCAUCACCACCACCGCCGCCUAAGCUAUUUAAUUCGGAUGGCUUGCCUAGGAGUUUCCUUGAGCUACUUCAAGGGCCAUGGACAACUGAAUAUGAUGAAUACUAUUGA